AUGUGUAGAAUACUACAAAACUGUUGUUAUUUAGAAGUGGCGCCAUCUUCGAUUUGUAACGCUACAAAGAUUUUUGUGAACGGCGCUUGGGUGGGAAUUCAUCGUGACCCAGAACACCUUAUGACAACGCUUAAGAAAGUUCGAAGGGGAAAGGACAUCAUUGUGUCAGAGGUGUCGAUGGUACGAGACAUAAGAGAUCGAGAAAUUCGUAUUUACACUGAUGCAGGCCGUGUUUGUCGACCAUUAUUAAUCGUAGAAAAUCAGAAACUUGCAUUGAAAAAUAGUCAUAUCGAUAAGUUGAGGGAACAUGAAUUAGGGUCUAAUUAUAGCUGGUCAGAUCUCGUUGAAGGUGGGGUAGUUGAACUGAUCGAUGCAAUGGAAGAAGAAACGGUGAUGCUGGCUAUGACACCCGAGGACCUAAAAGUUGGAGUCUAUUGCGACACUUACACUCAUUGUGAGAUCCAUCCUGCAAUGAUCCUUGGAGAAAGGCAAUUCGUUUCUUUUCAGAGCGCUAUGGGUAAACAAGCUAUGGGUGUGUAUACAACAAAUUUCCACGCUCGUUUGGAUACGCUUGCUCAUGUGUUGUAUUACCCACAGAAACCUUUGGUCACUACUAACUCGAUGGAAUAUCUAAGGUUCAACGAGCUUCCUGCCGGUAUAAAUGCUAUCGUAGCCAUUUUAUCUUAUUCUGGUUACAACCAAGAAGAUUCUGUGAUUAUGAAUCAGUCGGCUAUAGAUAGAGGGCUGUUCAGAUCAGUGAGCUUUGGAAUUAACUUUGUGUACUUCUGUUUACUUAACGUUUUAUCACCUUUUCUUUUACCGGUUUUCUAUCGUUCCUAUCGCGAUCAAGAGUCCAACGUUGAUGUAGAUAAUGAGGAAUCCAUCGAGAAACCCACUCCUGAAAAUUGCUCUGGAAUGAGACGGUGUCUCUAUGACAAGUUGGAUGAGGACGGCAUUAUCUCUCCUGGAAUGCGUGUUUCUGGGGACGAUGUUAUCAUUGGGAAAACUAUUGCGUUUCCUGAAGUGGACAACGAUUUGGAUGCGAGUAGUAGGAGGUACAUUAAACGAGAUGCAUCAACAUUCCUUAGACCCUCUGAGACUGGUGUGGUUGAUCAGGAAGAUAUGCCAUUCACUUGCGAGGGUUUAACACCAGAUAUAAUUAUUAAUCCACACGCUGUUCCAUCUCGCAUGACUAUUGGUCAUUUGAUUGAAUGUCUGCAAGGAAAGCUAGCGGCCAAUAAAGGAGAGAUGGGAGAUGCCACUCCAUUCAACGACGCUGUCAAUGUACAGAAAAUAAGUAACCUCUUGCAAGAAUAUGGUUACCAUCUCCGAGGAAAUGAGAUUAUGUACAAUGGUUUUUGCAUUUUUUUCUGUUAUUCACUAGUUCAGGUAUUCUUUGGCCCUACAUAUUAUCAACGACUGAAACACAUGGUGGACGACAAAAUCCAUUCGCGUGCAAGAGGACCGCUUCAAAUAAUGAGCAGACAGCCAACGGAGGGUCGGGCCAGAGAUGGAGGUCUACGAUUUGGCGAAAUGGAACGCGAUUGCCAGAUUUCCCACGGAGCUGCACAAUUUCUGCGUGAGCGCCUUUUCGAAGUCUCGGAUCCUUACCAUGUUUAUGUUUGCAAUAAUUGUGGGCUCCUCGUUAUUGCGAACCUUCGAACCAAUAGCUUCGAAUGCAAGGCUUGCCAUAACAGAACACAAGUAUCGGCAGUCCGCAUACCGUUUGCUUGCAAAUUGUUGUUCCAAGAACUCAUGGGAAUGUCGAUCGCUCCACGACUGGUGCUGGAUUCUUGA